AUGGCUGAUAUGAAGACAGGCGUGUUUGCUAAAAAUGUCCAGAAAAAGCUCAGCAGGGCUCAGGAAAAGGUACUUCAAAAGCUUGGAAAGGCAGAUGAAACAAAAGAUGAACAAUUUGAGGAAUAUGUACAAAACUUCAAAAGACAAGAGUCAGAAGGUACUCGGUUACAGAGAGAGCUACGAGCAUAUUUGGCUGCUAUCAAAGGAAUGCAAGAAGCGUCUUUGAAGCUUACGGAAUCACUUCAUGAAGUAUAUGAACCUGAAUGGUAUGGAAGAGAUGACGUUAAAAUAGUAGGAGAGAAAUGUGAUGCACUAUGGGAAGAUUUUCAUCAGAAGUUAGUCGAUGGAGCUCUGUUAACACUUGAUACAUAUUUAGGCCAGUUUCCCGAUAUUAAGAAUCGAAUUGCCAAGCGGAGCCGAAAACUAGUUGAUUAUGACAGUGCAAGACAUCACUUGGAAGCAUUACAGAAUGCUAAGAGAAGAGAUGACGGAAGAAUUACAAAGGCAGAAGAAGAAUUUCAGAAGGCACAGAAGGUAUUUGAAGACUUUAAUACAGAUUUACAGGAGGAACUGCCAUCUUUAUGGUCCAGACGAAUUGGUUUCUAUGUGAACACGUUCCAAAAUAUAUCAGGUCUAGAGGCAAAGUUUCAUAAGGAAAUUACAGGGCUGUGUCACAAACUGUAUGAAGUGAUGACAAAGUUAGGCGAACAGCAUGCUGAUAAAGCAUUUACCAUUCAAGGAGCUCCGAGUGAUUCUGGUCCACUCCGCAUUGCAAAGACCCCAUCGCCACCCGAAGAGGUUCCACAGAUACCAAGUCCAGUAGCAAGUCCUAACCAUACAUUAGCACCAUCCUCUCCUGCACCAGCAAGGCCUAAAUCUCCUUCACAGCUGAGAAAAGGUCCUCCUGUACCACCUCUACCCAAGCUCACUCCAUCAAAAGAACUACAGCAAGAAAAUAUCAUUAGCUUCUUUGAAGACAAUUUUGUCCCAGAAAUCAAUGUGACAACUCCUUCACAGAAUGAAGCUGCAGAAGAAAAGAAAGUUGAAUCUUUACUAGAUCUUGACUUUGAUCCUUUCAAACCAGAAGCUGCAUCAACAGGAAUAACACAGUCUCAUUCACCAAUGUCCCAGACGCUGCCUUGGGAUCUCUGGACGACAAACAAUGACUUGGUGCAGCCAGCAUCCAGUGGUGCUUUUAAUGGAAUUACACAACCUGAUGCACCCACGUCCCUCUUCACAAUGCAAUCAGAGCAAAGUGCUGAGGAAUGGACAGUGGAAUCAGAUGUAGCUGCUUCUGUGGAGAUCAAGAUUGAGGAGGUUGCACCUCUGCCUGAUGUUCCUGCUGAGGACACUAAAGCUGAUGAGCAAAAUGAAUUAGCAGAGAAGAUAAUGGAAACUAUUGAAUCUGAAGAUCACAAGACAGCAGAUGAAGCUGACACAGAGGGCAGCAAGGUAGGUGUCUGCCCUGUAAAAAGAGAAUCCUAAGAAAAACUUGCUGAACCCAUCCAAAGUGCUGCAGAUGAAGAGAAAGAACCCGAGGUAGUAGACAGCGCUAAAGAUACUGACGUGACUCAGGACAUUCCCUGCAUACCAUCAGUUGUAAUAGAACCAGCAUCCAAUCAUGAAGAUGAAGGAGAUUAUCAAGAAAAAAGUCUAUUAGAUUCUAAAGAUGAAUUUGAUGCCAUCCAGGAGUCAUCUGUUGGGCAAGUUGAAGGCACCGCUGAUGAAAGUAACAAUCUUCCCACAUCUGAGAGCACUACAUCUAAGGCCCAACCUAUCAACUUCCUGUUUAAGGUUGAAGCCCUGCAUGAUUUUGAGGCAGCUAAUGAAGAUGAACUUAACCUUAAUAGAGGCGAUAUUGUUUUGGUUAUUGCUUCUGUAACAUCAGCUGAUCAGGAGGCUGGUUGGCUUUCUGGCGUCAGGGAAGUAGACUGGCAACAGUACAAGGAUGUGGAGACUUACAAGGGACUCUUUCCAGAAAAUUUUACUCGUAAAUUAGAGUAGUUAAUGUGAGGCAAGAUGUUGAUGGACACUUCAUAUUUGGAUUUAUUGACCUUCUGGGAAGACAGAUACAUUUGAGACUAUAAUGUUAACCAUUAAAGACUGGUGCCUGUCCCAGAUAAAGCUUGUUGAGAGCAAACAAAAUCAGCAUGAAAGCCAGGCCUCAGUUUUAUUCUACUAGUGUGUAAAUGGAGAAUCGAUGUUGUUCACUUGUAUGCAACCACUGGUUUGUUUGUGCUUUGUCAGAAUAAAGGUUAGGUGAACCUUUCCUAAGAUAUUACAGCAUAAAUCCCAUCUAUUAUAAAUUAAGAAUUUCAUUUCUUUGGAAGAUCAUUUUUUAUAUCUCUCUUUAAAUUAUACUGGAAGAAAUAAAAAACCAAGUACUGUGUCCAUGACUUCAGCAACUGUUGGGCAUCCGUCUUAUAAUUGCACUCUAAUGGUCACCUAUGUACACUUCUAACAACCAUGUGUGGUACCUCAAAAUAUGUUACAUCAUAGCUCUAGAAAUUUGCUGUUGAAGGACACUAUGUAUGUGAUAUCUCAUGGUGGAUACAAUUCUUCCUUCAAGACCAAGAGUGACUCAAAAACCUCAUUCACAUAGAAGACUCGUCAUUAUGCAUUGCCCAUAUUGAAAUUAAACGCUUUCACUUCAGCAUAGUACAUGUUUAAUAUAUUGUAAAUUCUUAAACGGGACUAAAAUGUACCCUAUAUCAGCAUACAAACCUUAACUUAUGUGCACUGAGUCUAUAUUGUAUUGAAUUGCUGCAUUGCAGAUGAUCUUACUAGUAACUGUAAAGUAGCUAGCAGAAUGAACAACACCCUUACAGUUUUAUGUCUUAAUACCAAGCAACUGCUGCAAAACAUAUUUUCAGUGUCCUGACUCCUUUACAGACAUAUCUAAUGUAGUUAUGUAUCAUGUAUGUUGUCCUUUACUGUAGUUUCUUAAGUCUGUAGUAUCAUUGACAAGUGCUUUGCUUUGAACUCUUUUUGGCAUUGUGGUGUUUACUAGUUUAGUGCUAUAAAGCACGACUAGCGUCCAUUGCCAAAGCAUUCAACAAUGCGUCUUCUUAAAUAAUGGGACAUUUUCUUUAUAGUACAGACAGAAAGUGAAAGCAGCAUAAAUGCACAGUAAUUGGUUCUUUCUAGUUUACAAAAUAUAAGAAUUUAUCCUGGAGAAAAGAUAUAUUUUACCAGCUUACACUAAAUACAAUAUUUCAAAUAUCUGAUGUACUGAAUAUGAAAAUGACACCUGUAUCUAUUAUGUUUCUUUCAAUGUUGUGUCAUCUCAAAUAAA